AUGUACAGAAUCUCUGAGCGUUUAGCUAAGGUUAAAAACAAGGCCCAAGAUGCAUUUGGCUCAAUUAGUAUGAUUUUUGCUGGUGACUUUGCUCAAUUGCCACCCAUUGGGGGAGAGACUGUUUCAUUAUAUACACAUACAGCUGGAAAAAUUGCAACAACUCUAAGAGGCAAUUAUGCAGCAAUAGGUAAAGCUCUAUGGCAUCAAGUUACACAUGUGGUAAUAUUACGAAAAAACAUGCGAAAUCAAGGUGAAUCUAAUGAAGACAAAAAAUUCAGAAAGGCACUAGAAAAUAUGAGAUACAAAGCAUGUACCACUGAUGAUAUACGGUUUCUGAAUACUUUGGUAUCAUCUCCAAAAACAGGGAGACACUACAUAGGUGCAAGACCCUGGCGCGAUGCUCCCAUUAUUGUUGGUGAAAACAAACAAAAAGAUGAAAUUAACCGCUUAGGCUGUAUACGAUUUGCAAGUGACACAAAACAACAGCUUACAGAUUUCUACAGUGAUGACUGUAUAACAUCAAAAUCUGAUAGUAAUAAGCUUGAAAAAACCUCCUUCAAACGUUCUAAGAGCUCCAAGAUAAAUUCAAUAUCCCGAGAUCUUCAAGAUAUCCUAUGGGAUCUCCCACCCUCUGCACAUGAAUAUCAUGCACCAGCUGUCCUUUCAAUUUGCAGAGGGAUGCCAGUCAUAGUUCGACACAAUGUUGCAACAGAACUCAAUGUUACUAAAGGGCAACGGGGCAUUGUGUAUACUUGGCAUGCUUCAACAGGAAAGUUUGGACAGCCAGUCCUUGAUGUGCUCUUUGUUUUGCUUACAGAUCCACCCAACCCAGUACAAAUCGAAGGGUUGCCUUUGAAUGUUGUGCCCCUUACGCGCCGUAAAAGUUCUGGUUAUCUUUACUUACCAGAUGAUAGUAAAAUCUACACAUCAAGAUUUCAAGUGGAUGUUCUGCCUGGGUUUGCUUUAACUGCUCAUGCUUCACAAGGUCAAAGCUUAGAGCCUAAUGCAACAGAUUUGAAUACAUUUAAUGAUCAUCAUGCAUAUUAUACUGCAUUGUCUAGAAGCCGCUCCGCAAAAAAUACCAUCAUAUUGCAAGGUUUUGAUUCUAAACACAUUACAGGUGGUGCUUCCGGUUCAUUAAGAAAA